UGCGCAUAAACCUGUGCUCAGUUUCUCUUCCGAGUUUGUCGCGAUAGGAUGGCUUCGUUUUCGGUACAUUAUUCGCUUCUGCUCGUGAGCGUCUUGGCGGUGAUCGCUUUGACCAGUGCCGCAGCUAUCGAUGAUCUUCAACCGAGUGAAAUCAACCGGGGCAGUUUGGUGAGGAUCGCGAGAAGUCCACAGCAACCCCAAGGGUUCCCGAAUUUCCCCCCACCACAGUUUCCCUUCGGCAAUCCGGAAAUAGUCUCGCAAGACACGCAACAGAACAAAAACGGUUACGCGCAAACGACGAUCUACAAGUUCCCCAACGGGAUGGGUUCGUCAUCCGUGUCCACAAGUCACUCGGGUUCGUCCAAGCUGAGUGGCGUCACCUGGAGUAUGCUGGGUGCGGGCAUCACUUUACUGCUACUUAAAAUGCUGUACUAAAAGCGUUCCAAUUUUGGUGUGGAUGGAUGAUUCAUCCGGCCACAAAGUAAACUUUAAGGCUACCAUGGGUGUGAACGUUUGCAGAGCAGAGCUCAGUGGAUCGCAGUUUCUUUCGGGCUUUUUUGGCAUAGUUAUUGAAGCAGUGAUGUUUUGGAUUUUACUGAAACGAUUAAAAUGAAAAAAAAAGUUGAAAAAACAACAAUAAAGUAUUUAUAUGAUCGAGUUAAA